CUCGACACCACGGCCCCCGGCGCCGGGAGAAGCGGGUGCUGCCGUGGCACCCCGGCCGGGGGUCCCGUCGGGAGCAGCUCGGGAGCGGGGGGUCCAUGCCAGGCGGAGCGGGAGCGCUGACGGUGCCUCUUCCCCUCCCUGAGGUGACAUGGAGCAGCUGAAGUGACCCGAGGAGCCCUCGCAGCGGUGCCCAGGAUGGGCUGCGUGCCCUGCAAGGAGAAAGGGGCUGGCAAAGGGCAGGGGGGGGGCGAGGGGGGCUUCUCCCUGCCCCCCCCCUCCCAGUACGACCCCGACCCCACCCAGCCCGGGGCCAGCUUCACCUGCAUCCCCGACUUCAACAACUUCCAGGGGCCGGCGGUGCCCUCGGCCCCGUCCCUGGCGGGGCCGGGCGUGUUCAGCUCCAACACGCUGCAGAUGAGGAGCGGGGGCAUCGCAGGUGGGGGGGUGACGCUCUUCAUCGCCCUGUACGACUACGAGGCCCGGACGGAGGAUGACCUGACGUUCCAGAAAGGGGAGAAAUUCCACAUCAUCAACAACACGGAGGGGGACUGGUGGGAGGCCAGGUCGCUGAGCUCGGGCGCCACGGGCUACAUCCCCAGCAACUACGUGGCCCCUGUGGAUUCCAUCCAGGCAGAGGAGUGGUACUUCGGGAAGAUCGGGCGCAAGGACGCGGAGCGGCAGCUCCUGUGCCACGGCAACUGCAGGGGCACCUUCCUCAUCCGGGAGAGCGAGACCACCAAAGGGGCCUACUCGCUCUCCAUCCGGGACUGGGAUGAGGCCAAGGGAGACCACGUGAAGCACUAUAAGAUUCGGAAGCUGGACAGUGGGGGGUACUACAUCACCACCCGCGCCCAGUUCGACACCGUCCAGCAGCUGGUCCAGCACUAUAUAGAGCGGGCGGCCGGGCUGUGCUGCCGCCUGGCCGUGCCGUGCCACAAGGGCACCCCAAAGCUGGCUGACCUGUCGGUCAAAACCAAAGACGUGUGGGAGAUCCCCCGGGAGUCCCUCCAGCUCCUCAAGAAGCUGGGGAACGGGCAGUUCGGGGAAGUCUGGAUGGGCACAUGGAACGGCACCACGAAGGUGGCAGUGAAGACGCUGAAGCCGGGGACCAUGUCCCCCGAGGCCUUCCUGGAGGAGGCUCAGAUCAUGAAGCGGCUGCGGCACGACAAGCUGGUGCAGCUCUACGCCGUGGUGUCCGAGGAGCCCAUCUACAUCGUCACCGAGUUCAUGAGCCAGGGCAGCCUGUUGGAUUUCCUGAAGGACGGGGACGGUCGCUACCUGAAGCUGCCCCAGCUGGUGGACAUGGCAGCCCAGAUCGCGGCGGGCAUGGCGUACAUCGAGCGCAUGAACUACAUCCACCGGGAUCUGCGCGCCGCCAACAUCCUGGUGGGGGACAACCUGGUGUGCAAGAUCGCUGACUUCGGCCUCGCCCGCCUCAUCGAGGAUGACGAGUACACGGCACGGCAGGGUGCCAAGUUCCCCAUCAAGUGGACGGCUCCGGAGGCCGCGCUUUUUGGGAAGUUCACCAUCAAGUCGGACGUCUGGUCCUUCGGCAUCCUCCUGACGGAGCUGGUGACCAAAGGCCGGGUGCCCUACCCAGGGAUGAACAACAGGGAGGUGCUGGAGCAGGUGGAGCGGGGGUACCGCAUGCAGUGCCCGGGGAGCUGCCCCUCGUCCCUGCACGAGGUGAUGGUGCAGUGCUGGAAGCGGGAGCCCGAGGAACGCCCCACCUUCGAGUACCUCCAGUCCUUCCUCGAGGACUAUUUCACCGCCACCGAGCCCCAGUACCAGCCUGGGGACAACCAGUGACCCCCAGGAGGCUUUGGGGUGGCUUUGGGGGUGAAUCUCCCCAUUUUUUUAGGGGUCUUUUUGCUCCACCCCCCAAACACCUGUUGGGAGUGCUCAGGGUGCCCCAGGAAGGACGUGGGGCUUUGCACAAGGAUGUUGGACUCAGAGAGGAGCCCCUCCCUUCCCCACCCCCCUUUGUUGCCUUCACACCCAGCUUUGAACUUGAGAAGGGCUUUGGCUGGGGGGGAGGAGUGUGGGGGACCCCCCUCUGCCCCCCUCCCGACAAACCUAGACUCACAGCAGCAGAGGGCUCGGGGGGGGCUCUCCCCGUGCCAACCCCAGUCUCCUCUGGUAAUGCAUCUGGGGGGUUCAGCCCCCAAAAUCCUGGCACUGACCUGGGGAAGGCCACCUCAGUUCCCCCCCCACCCCGACCCCCACUUCUAUCUUCUUUAAUUUAUGAGAUUUUACAUCCCUCACCCCAGCAGCCAUCAUCCCCCACCCCAAGGGAUCCUGAUAUUUUGGGGGAUUCCCUUGUCCCCCCCUUUUUAUCCCCUCUGCUUAUAGUAGGGCCAACUCCUGAGAGCCAUAAACCUCUGCUUGCACUGGGGGGGGCACAGGGAGUCCUGGGGGGGUACAAGGAGUCCUGGGGGGAUGACAAGGGGUGCAGGCAGGGUGGGGGGCAGCUCUGCCCCAGGAGCUGUUCCCUACUGUCCCGUGGGGGGCAGGAGGGGGUUAUGGGAUGGGGUCACCCCCCAUGGCACUCAUGGGGGUCCUGGUGGCAGCUUGGCUGAACCCCCUGUGGCAUUGAGGGGGGGGGGGCUUUGGGGGUCAAUGUGAAUGUGAUGGCACUGCCAGCUGGUUCCUGGGGUCCCACUUUCCCCCUGGGCCCCCCCAUUCCUGAGUGGGGUCCCAGGCUUGGCCCCAUGGUCAGGAGCCCCCUGUGCACCCACGGGGCAGGGCUGUGGGUGAACAGUGC